AUGGCUACGGUGAAAGAGAAGGCGGCAGCUUUGAAUCUCUGCGCCGUGUACAGCCCCGCCAACAGACCCCCAGGCUUCAGCUUGGCACAGAGACCCUUUGGAGCCACUUACGUUUGGAGCAGCAUUAUCCACACACUUCAGACCCACGUUGAAGUGAAAAAACGACGUCAGAAUCUGAAAUGUUAUCAUGACUGUUUUAUUGGCUCCGACGCAGUGGAUGUUGUCUACGCCCAUCUUCUCCAAAACAAAUAUUUUGGUGACACAGAUAUUAAUCGGAGUAAAGUUGUACGAGUAUGCCAGGCAUUGAUGGACUACAAGGUGUUUGAGGCUAUUUCAACCAAAGUCUUUGGAAAAGAUAAACGAUCUGUGUUUGAAGAUAGCAGCUGCAGCCUGUACAGAUUCUCAAAUACAGGGAAUCGAGUGGAGAGCCUUUGUGGAAGACAGCAUGGCCAUUUUAUACAGCAAAGACAGGACAAAAGAUUAUUACUUGGUACAUCAUCAGAGAGAUCAGAAAGUUUGGAGGAUCUCUUAGAAAACCUGAGUCUAAAACCUGUUAAUUCUCCUCAAGUAAAUCCAUCCGCCCAUUUGUCUCAUCAAGUCAUUAAUGAAGUCUGGGGAGAGCAAACGAUUGCCCGUCUCCUGCAGCUAAUAGAUCUUCCAUUGCUUGAUUCUUUACUUGAAUACCACAAGAUUGGAUCCCGGUUUCCACAAACAAAGCAGGAACCUGAACAUAGCAUCACAAACAAUUAUCUCGACCGAGAAAUUCUGAAAGCUUUUGGUGAUGCUCAGGCAGAUGAAUGGCUUUCAGCAGCAAUUGACUGUUUGGAGUAUCUCCCAGAUGCGAUGGUGGUUGAAGUAAGCCGCAGUUUACCUGAUCGGCCCGACAAAGUGCACGUGGGGAAACUGUUGUUGUUUGACACUAUUGGGAAGUAUUACAGCCAGAAAAAGCAACCAUUGCUAAACCAGGUGCCUGAAAUCCACCUGGGAAUUGCUGAGUUGCUAGUUAAUGGAAAAACUGAUCAGGCUUUGGAAACCAUUCAGCUCUAUUUAAAAUUAUUGGAUAGCCCUGCGAGAGAGGAAUUCAGGAAACUGCUUUAUUUUAUGGCUGUGGUAGCUCAGAAUUCUGAACUUAAGCUGCAAAGCGAGAGUGAAAACAGGAUGGUUGUGAAAAGAAUGUUCUCCAGAGCCAUAAUCAACAAUAAAACAUUAUCUAAAGGAAAAACGGAUCUUUUGAUUUUAUUUCUAGUGGAUUAUCAGAAAGAUGUUUUAAAGAUUCCAGGGACGCUACAUAAAAUGGUCAGCGAUAAGCUUCUGGCUAUACAGAGAGGCACAGAAUCCAGUCUGAAUAUUGGAUAUACUUUUUGCCAGAGGCUUGAUGAAUGUGAGUAUCAUUUCAGUGCCAAAAAAACUACAAAAGCGGAACUGGUGUCUUUACUAAAAACUAUUGAUGAAGACUCCAGUCUCUCUUCCAAAGAACGCAAGAAAUUACUAGAUCAAUUCUAUACUAGUAAUCCAACUAUCUUUUUGCAGUAUUUUGGUGAGGGAGAUGUUCCUGAUGAUGGUAUAUAAUUGUAGACCUGACGUCUAAAAAUC